AUCACAGCAGUUUGCACACCACGCCAAUAUGGAGUCCUCCGUUUUCAUACUGCUGUUUUUCUCUGCCUUUUCGUCUGGCUCCGCAAACUUUGUUUAUGACCUGAAUGCGCAGAAUUUUGACCAGAUGAUACGAGAAAAAGAUAUAAUGCUGGUGGAUUUUUACGCGCCCUGGUGCCACCACUGCCAAGAACUCCUCCCCCAGUUGGAGGGCGCGGCCAAUGCUUUGGCUGCCAAGGGGCUUUUCCAGUUUGCAAAGGUUGACUGUACAGAUCCCAGAAGCAAAGUCUUAUGUGAUAAUUUCAAAAUUGAAGGAUACCCUUCAGUAAAACUGUUCAAGUUUGGAAAAUAUGCAGGGGACUAUAUUGGCCAACGAACUGAUGCCGCACUAGUGAACUACAUGGAAUCCGUGACGUCAACAGCCUCCCAGCAAGCACCGUUCACCUCUGAACCAAUGAAUAACGCUGCUCAACUCAUGCAGCCCCAGACCCAACAGUUUGCGCCACAACAGGCACCCCAACCAAUGCCAUUUGCGCUUCAGCCCCAAGCUUUUAACAGUGCGCCAAUUAUGCAAGGUUUCUUCAACAGUCCACAAGCUCAACUACAGGUAUCCCAGCCCCAAGCUAGCGCUUACGCUUCAGGCCCCGCUGCAGUGACCGGCCCAAAAGUCAGUGCGAGCCCCGACCCAGUCGCUAGCCAUUUUGGCGGGAAUAUGCUAGCGCUUGAGAUUCUGAGGGCCAAACUAAAGAUGAUUGCGGCGUACAAAAACUGGCAAAAGCGAUUAAAGGAGUACAAAGAAAAGAUGGCCGAGGCUGCCACAGGAAGCAGGUUUGGAGUCACGAAGGCGGCCAUCGCUAAGAAGCCAUUUAAGGCAGGAGCAAGAUCAAAACUUGCGCAUUAUAAACCCGCGCCGACACACUUCCUACAGAAGUUCCCAAGGAUUCUGAAUGCCGCACAAAAGCACGCCAAAGAGGUAGCUCAGUAUAAACUACGAAAGGCAGCUUAUCAAAAGGCUUUAGCGGCAAGAAGACAACAGAUAGUCCAAAGACGUAAGAAAGAACAAAUGAAAAAGUAUAAUAUUCUUUACGGACGAAGCAAUAUCCCUAUGUACCAGUAUCCUCAGUAUCUGCAGUCUUCGCCCUACUAUAAGCAGUAUUACCAGCAACAACAAGCGCGCGCAAUGAUACCACAUCUCAAGGUACCGCAGGCGCAGCCCCAAGCAUCGCUGGCUCAAUAUCAGCCUCAGUCUCUCCCCCAGGAAGCCGUGGAUGUCGUGCAACCGGAAGCUGAUGAAACGACUGAGGACAAGACCCCGGAAGAUGAGAGUAACGCGGAAUCUAAUGACAAGUCAUCAGCAAAAAGCGAUGACAGCCCAUCGAUCAACGACCUUCGUGCCGACAUCGAAAGCGCUAUCAAAGAUGCCCUGAAAACAGGCGACAAGAAAUCAGCACCUAAACAGACCGCUGAGGCAUCGGACAAGCCACAACUAACAGCCAACAAACCACAGAGUCACGCUACAGAAGGAAGCGGUGAAGUCGUGGUCACGUCAUCCCCCACCCAGGUCUCUGCGCAACCAGUUGUAGCGAGCGGGUCUGGUUCCAAGGCAGGCUCCGGCUCAGGGUCGGGAGAUGCUGGCGCGCUAUUGGCCAAAAUCAGGCGAAUGGUCGGCGAAGAAUUCCAGAGAAUGCUGGCGAUCGCGUUUGUUGUGGCGUUGUGCGUUAUCGCACCUUCCUACGCCAGGAAAGAGAACCCAAUUUUUGAGUUGACUGACCAAGAUUUCGACAACUUCCUUAAGGACAAGGAAGUCAUGCUGGUGGAUUUCUACGCACCAUGGUGCGGGCAUUGCAAAAGACUAGCCCCUGAAUAUGAAACUGCUGCCGAGGCUUUGAAAAAGAACGAUCCACCGGUUCCUCUAGCAAAGGUUGAUUGUACUGAAGCUGGGAAGGACACUUGUAGCAAAUAUGGCGUUAGUGGCUACCCUACACUGAAAAUAUUCCGUAAUGGCGAGAUGUCAAAGGAUUAUGACGGGCCACGUGAUUCAAGUGGAAUUAUUAGAUAUAUGAAAAAGCAGGCUGGACCAAGCUCUGUUGAAAUUAAGUCAGUUGACCAUCUUGAGAAAAAGCUGGAUGACGCUGAAUCUAAUGUAGUUGUUGGUUUUCUUGAUGGCGAUGAUGAUCUCAAGAAUGCUUUCAUGAGGACUGCAAAUGAGAUGAGAGAUUCAUUUUCAUUUGCACAUGCAAGUGUUACUGAUGUCUUAGAGAAAUACAACUACAAAAAUCAAAUAGUCGUGUUCAGACCCAAGCACCUUCACACAAAGCUUGAGCCAAGUUUUAUUGCCUACACUGGGUCACCAGAUGACUUCUAUAUCAAGAAAUUCAUCAACGCCAAGGCACAUGGUCGUGUUGGCCAGAGAACACCAGACAAUGAGGAGCAAUUUCCUAAACCCCUUUGUGUAGUUUUCUUUGACGUGGACUGGAAGAAGAAUGCCAAAGGUUCCAAAUACUGGCGCAACAGAGUGCUUAAGGUGACCAAGUUCUUUGAUGACAAGGCCAUGAACUUUGCCAUUGCCUCUUUCUCUGACUACGAGCGAGUCCUAUCUGAUAUCGGCGUUACUGACAAAGCCAACCCUAGUGCCGUUGUCUACAAUGAUGCUGGUGACAAGUUCUUGAUGAAAGAGAAAUUCAGCGUUGAUUCAUUCAAGCAGUUCCUGGAAGACUACUUUGCUGGCAGCCUGAAGCCACAUAUCAAAUCUGAGCCACUCCCUGAGAGCAAUGAUGGCCCCGUCAAGGUUGUUGUUGGUGAGAACUUCAAGGAGAUUGUAAACGACCCAACAAAGGAUGUCCUGAUAGAGUUUUAUGCCCCGUGGUGUGGACACUGCAAGAGUCUGGAGCCCAAGUACAAUGAACUUGGUGAGAAACUCCAGGAUGUCAAGGAUAUUGUCAUUGCUAAGAUGGAUGCCACCGCUAAUGAUGCACCACCAAACUUCAGUGUUCAGGGAUUCCCCACUAUUUACUGGGCGCCAGCCAACAACAAAGAGAACCCCGAGAAAUACGAGGGUGGGCGAGAGGUAUCUGACUUUGUUGACUUCAUCAAGCGCAAAGCAACCAAACCAGUCAAUUUAGACGAGAAGAAGAAGAAAAAGUCAAAGAGCGAGCUUUAACUUGCUACCAGUCCCUGGAAUGAUGUUCCAGCCCUAUGUCCCAGACAUUCACAAAAAAAGUAGAUAACAAGAGCUUCUAAGCCUAAUUGACAUUGGCUAAAAAUGAAUGCAAAAAAAAUCUAGGAAACAAGCUUUGUCAUCUAGGACCCCAAACUACACUAGUGUUUAAGCUUGAUUAUAACAUAUUCGCUGUGUUGCUAUAGGAACCGGUAUCGAGGUUGUGAGGAAGUGUUCACACAAGAAAUAAUGGGGAGAAUUGAAUGUCAAACCUUAGCUUUUGGUGUCAGGAAAUUUUGUACAAUAUGUUG